AUGCCUGGCAAAAGAUCUGAUCACAACAGCACAAGGCCUACCGGAACUACCGGAACAUCCAGACCCAAGCAACCAAGACCUGGAAACAACAGCAGACCCAAGAGCCAUUCACCCAAAAGAUCUCCAAGAAAUACUUGUCCACAGCAACCUCAAGACCAAGAAAAUUUCACUGACAAUGACAAUGAACCAUCUAGUUCAGCAGAAGAACCUGACAUGGAAAAUGAGGAUUGGAAUGUGAAACCCACCAAAUUGCUGUCCCCUCCUUCGCGCGGAGAUGAUCCCAAUCAGACCAACAACAAAAACAGCACUACAGAUGACCACAUUUGCAACAAUCGUCGUGGCAGACCCAUUCAGUAUCUAGAAGAGGAAGAAUCCUGGUCUCUUCAUCAUCAGAAUCUAGCAGAACAAGACCACGAAAAAGACAACACUACAGGUAUGAAGGGGGUCUUUAAGAAUACCCUGGGAAAGGUGAAUCCCAAAAACCUAAACAACAUUGGCAUGGCAGUGGUUGUCCAACCCACCAAAAAUCUGGUCAACAUGACUACCAAAAACCUAAAACAGAUGGUACCGGUCUUGUCCAAGUCCAAAGAACAGCAACACACCACCGAACCAACAGACGACAAUGCACAACCAGAGCAAGAGGAGGAGGAAAUCACUCCAGAAACACCCACCAAUGACGACGAUCAGCAGGACAAAGAUGAUUACCGAGACAACGUUGCCACGCGACGACGUCGCCGCAAACAAGAGCCCAAUGGCAAUGACGACGAUGAUCCCGACGGCGACCACGAUCGAGAACGUCGUCGAGCCGCCGCGGCGGCGCGGACACGAGAACGACGGAAUCAGCAGGGCACCUUGCGAACGGCCAGCAAAGCAGCAGCGGCCGAAGCAGCGGCGCGAGCUAGAAUGCGAGCCCGUAAAAGAUUUGUGCCGCACGACGACGAACAAAACAACAAUCAAGAAACCCGGGCACGACGCUUGGCAGUGGUACGAUCCGUCAGUAAAGACGCGGCGGCGCUGGCGGCACAGAGGAUGCAACGCCGACGAAGAAAUCCGCACAAUGAUGGCCGCGAAACGAAACCACAACAACAACAAGACAGCAAUCAUGAAAGAUUGAAUCAUAAUACUGCAAAGAGUGGUUUCGAGAAGAAACGGAGCAAUCGAAAAUUGGUGGAAACGACAUGA